GGGAAGAGAAAUUACAAAUAAAUGUGUGGCAAGACUUUAAGAGGAAAAAGAAAAGGAGGCCCAGCAUUGUUUCAUACAAGAACAAAACCCACGCACUCUCUUCUUCUUUUUUAAUCUCACUCUUCACUGCUCUCGCUGCAUGAAAUUCCGUCCUAUAUUGUUACACAUUCAACAAAUGAUGUGAAUCCCUUCUUGUUGCCGUAGCCUCACACACUCACUUCUUCCGUUGUAACUAACUUUACUUUUCCUUCCAAACGGCUUCUAACAAACUCUCGCCGCGAUGUUGGAUCUCAACCUCAACGCCGAUUCUGCCUCCGACGCGCAAAUGGAGAGCUCCGGCAGCUUCAAUUCCUCCGUCGUCAAUGCCGCCGACACCGACGACUCCUGCUCCUACGGCGACGCCGUCGCCUACAACUUCGCCAUCCUCAACACCACCACCACCGCCACCUCCGACGGACCUCCCCUGGCCGCCGCCGGAGAAUCCUCCGUUCGCACCAUCCAGCUCUUUCCGGCGGUCGAAUCGGGAGCCUCGCCGGCGUGGCUGGAUUUUUCGUCGAAGGUGGAUCAGAACGGUGCUCCGCAGGAGCAGAGGAUCUCUCCCCGGCAACCGCCGGUGAAGAAGAGCCGGAGAGGACCGCGGUCGCGAAGCUCGCAAUAUCGCGGCGUUACAUUCUAUCGCAGAACCGGAAGAUGGGAAUCGCACAUUUGGGACUGUGGGAAACAAGUGUACUUGGGUGGAUUUGACACAGCGCAUGCUGCGGCAAGGGCUUAUGAUCGAGCUGCGAUCAAGUUCCGUGGCGUUGAUGCGGAUAUCAAUUUCAACGUUAGCGAUUACGAUGAAGAUAUAAAGCAGAUGAGUAACUUCACGAAGGAGGAGUUUGUGCAUAUUUUGCGGCGACAGAGCACUGGUUUUUCAAGGGGAAGCUCCAAAUACAGGGGAGUUACUCUGCACAAGUGCGGGCGAUGGGAGGCUCGUAUGGGGCAGUUUCUUGGUAAAAAGUAUAUAUAUCUUGGGCUAUUCGACAGUGAAUUAGAGGCUGCAAGAGCGUAUGAUAAGGCUGCUAUAAAAUGCAAUGGAAGGGAAGCAGUUACAAACUUCGAGCCCAGCUUCUAUGAAGGGGAGGUAAUUUCCCAGUCUGAUAAUGAAGAUAACAAGCAAAGUCUUGAUCUGAACUUGGGAUUAGCUCCCCCUUCUUACUCUGAUGGUCAAAUCAAGAACACACCCAGCAAUGGGAGUGGUAUGAUAACUCCGCACAGCUGGGAUAAUAUCCCUCUCGACAAGAGAGUAAUGUUUGAGCACUCUGCAUCAAGAUCACUGACCGUUCAGCCAUCUCAUCAUGGCUUCUCCGUAGCAUCUGGGCAACAUCCUUCCGUCUGGAAUGGUAGCAAUUUCUUUCCUAUCUACGAGGAAACAGCAAUAGAGAAGAGGAUGGAAGCUGCUCCAGUGCCAAAUUGGGCAUGGCAAGUCAAAGGUCCUUAUGGCGGGGCAACUCUUACUCCACCCCUCUCUACUGCAGCAUCAUCAGGAUUCCCUUCAACAAUAUUACCAUCAGCUGCGGAUACUCAAAUUCGUUUUCCAAACAUGACAUUCCUCCACUCACAUUUUCCACCAUCAAUCACUAACUCCGGCACCAUAUCCCCUUUCUUCUGCGGUAGCUGAAUGCAUCGCAUUGCAUUGCUAGGUAGACCAAAUCAACUGCAAAUCUUCUUGAUUUCACCAUAUGGUUGACAAACUAGUAGGACUAUAGCUACAAGUAGUAAUUGAAUUGCUUGGUUCCAGAGCUUUUACUAUUUGCCACUCUACUAAUUUUCUUCAAUGUAAAGAAAUGCCAUGCCGCGAUGACAUGUUGAACUCUGCUUUUUACUGAUUUGAGACUAAGCAUUUACUUUGGUAUCCAACAUUCAGCCUCGGUGCUUUUCUAUCUAGAAAAUACUUGAAAAGAUGAGUUUGAUCUUUGAAGAGACGGAAUUUGUAGAUUUGAAAGCAUGCUAAGUUCAAUCCGGCUUUGUGGGUCAUAGUUGUGAUUUUUCUUUGCUUCCGUUAGUUAGUCCUUAGUCGCCAGUAGCCAAUGUUUAUUAUUGCCGACAUAACACUAUUCACAAAUUUUGGCUUGAAUCGCUUCACAUGGUUAUUCUUAUAUUUAAGGAACAGCAAAGCUGUCUUAUGGUCUU